UAAAACCCUCUCUUUUAUUUUUCUUUUUGAAAAAAAGGCCCCCGGUAUUGACAUUGCUUACUAUAUUUAUGUCAUGUGACUAGGAAUAUAUAUCGGAGUAAACGACGAAUAAUCGCAGUACGGUAACGACAAACAAUACGUGUCAUUGCCUCUCAAUCCAUACAAACAGACCAGACAAUUUAAUACGUUUCCAAUGAAUCGUUAAAUCCAUAUAUAUUCAAUUUUGGCGAAACCCAACACGGGAACACCCUUUUCAACGCCAUGGCCGAUGUAUAUGAUGACCAUGUAAAACCUAUCCCAGCCUUCUAUUGCUGUUAUCUCCUCCGAUCUACUGUUCGGCAUUCUUCUCUCUACAUCGGCUCUACUCCUCAUCCAUCCAGGCGGCUUGCGCAGCACAAUGGCGUCGCAAAAGGAGGAGCACGCAAGACUGCAAAUGACAAGAGACCAUGGGAGAUGGUAGUCAUCGUAGAAGGCUUCAUGAGUCGGACGGCCGCCUUGCAGUUUGAGUGGGCAUGGCAGAAACCGAGCAAAUCUCGUCAUCUAGGUUUUUGUGAAGAGAAUAAAACCGCUCCGGAAACGCCUUAUAACGCGAAAUUUACACGAGGAAAAGACAAAGGGCGAGUUUGUCGCCCCGCGAGAUCCCUCAAAGGACACUUGGAGAAUUUGCACGCCUUGCUACGAUCGAUAUACUUCUCCAGUUUGCCUCUCAAAGUACGGUUUUUCUCUGCCGACGCCCACCAGUUGUGGCGGAUCUGGAGUGAUCGUAUAGAUGGCGUCAUCCCAGAGCACACUAAAGUCAUUCUAGAUGGCAGUUGUGCCGAGGAUAACCCGCCUGGUGCUGAUAACAUGAGGGUUGGUAGCGUCGAAUACCUCCAGGUUGACUAUAGUAAGAUACAAGAUUAUCUAGAGAAGGCAGUGUUUCAACUGGAUGAUCCGGAGGACUUGCAGUGCAAAGUGUGCCAAAGCCCCGUUGUUCCAAAGGAAGAGCUGGUAGUUGUCUGCCCCCAGGCACGCUGUUACUGCAUCAGUCAUAUAUUAUGUCUAUCGGCUAGGUUUCUAGAUUCCAUAAAAGAGCCAGAACGACACAUCCCUAUAUCGGGAAAGUGUCCUGGGUGUCACAAGAUCGUCCAAUGGUCCUUGAUGAUGCAGGAGCUGAGUUUUCGGACCCGUGGAGGAAAAGAAUUGCAGGCUAUCUUGAGAAAGAAGAAACAAGGCGAUUGCAAGGUAGAUAAUAUUCCGCGAGAGAACAUUGAUAAUGCGAACUCUGCUUCUGCAGAACACCGCGACCUUCCCGUGUCGGUCGGCGACGCAAGAAAAGACACAAAUGAUAGCUCUGAUGAAAGCAUACCAGGCGACCUCCCUCUAGAUGAUGACUGGUUUGAGUUAUUGGCCCUCGAAUCAGACCCCGCGAUCGGUGAUCCACCGAAGUCUCCUGCAAUGCCCCCGAGAGUGGAGAUCGUCAUUGAGGAUAGCGAUUGUGAUGAUACAGGAUGAGAACGUACUGGGACUCUUUCCA